GAAGGAUCUCUCCCACUGAUAAUUGUAAUUGACAAAGAUGCCAACAAGAAGAUGCGUCAGGUUUGAAAUAUAAAUGCAGGCCAAUGUUUUGUCCUUUUUCUUUAAGACAAAUGAUGCGAACAAGCAUAAAGACAGUUAGCCUUCGAUCUUUCCGAGGCGUAAAGGACCACUUAUCGACUAAUAUGUAAGUACGCCUCAUGUGCCAAUUAUACUUUACUGUCUUGUAGUUGCAUAUCACAACAAUGUCUUAGACUCAAAACUGAACAAAAAAAUGGAAACAGGAAGGAAAAAAGCGCCUGUUUAGAGCUUAGUCUGGCCUUUUCCGCGAUCUCAAUAUUGAAAGCUAGGAGGGGACAGUGGCUAAAUCUUUUCUAAAUCCGUCAUCACUAAAUGGAGGGUGGAAAGCAAUUAAAGUAUCUCGUCUUGUUUUGUUACAAAUGUGAUGAUUCAAGAACCAUAAUGCGAAUUGAGUUUAACACUGCGAGGUAGCAAAUAUUUAAGUAAAUUUCCUUCAGAGAGAAAAAUUGAGAUUUCAGUUGCUCUUUUGUUAAAAGAUAGGAUACUAUCAAGCUAAAUAGUCCAAAAGAGGUUAAUCGUUUGACUUCCUGUACAAAAAAGAAUGCCUGUAGUUUUCCUGCUUCCUAGACUCACCUAGGAAAACGGUUGACUUUCCCCACUUCAUCAAUGGCGCUCAGGGACAAACCAUGCAUGUGCGUCGAAAAUGUGCUUUGUUUUUUUUUAAACCUAUUUCUCGCUGUUUGCCCGUUUUCUCUCGUCAAAUACAGUACAAGUAAACAGUUUAUAUACAAAAUCGCUUAAAACGUGUAUUUUUCUGUCUGUAAAAUUCGCCUUUUCCCUUAAUAUUGCUUAAAAGGGUCCAGAUUUAAGAGGGAAUUUGCAGAAUACAAUAGCUUUCGCGGAUUCACAAACACAGAAAACAGAACUGUAGAAGCUUGCACAGCAUUUCCGCCGGGACCCGAUUGUAUCAUUUGCAGAUUUCUUUCCGUUUGCAAACUUAGCGAUUCUUAUCAACUCUCUACCGCUCUUUUUCAAUAGAAGUUUGCAAGAAGGAAAAAUUGGGACUAUGAAAUUAUGGGAUGUAAGAUUCAGCACAACAGUAACAGUUAAUCUGUGAGUUAAUUAGUAUAAUAACAAAGAUAUCAGAAUUUUGAAUAUUAUGUGCAGCUAUUUUUUUCUUUAUCAUUGGUCCCUUGAUAGCGAUUACUUUUUUCUUCUUAUUAUUUUUCACUGUAGCGGCUUAGGGCAUAGUGAUUCUGAAUAUAUCGACAUCUCUGGUUCUUCGGUUAGAAAGCAACUACUGAAAGCCUUUAUACAAUCUGGAUUUGCCAAUCAAAGUGUUGGAAAAUACAAAUUACUACCAUGUUCACUGGGGUGGUUCGUUAAUGCCUCCUCUGGAGUCAAUAAAUGCAUAGAGUGUCCAGCA